AUGAAGGCUAACUUCCUGGCACUCGGUCUCUUCGGCCUGGCUGGCACCUCGGCCGUCCUUCCUCAUGACUACCCCAAGGAGUACAAGGAUUACCCAGCUACUACGAAGGAGUAUAAGCCAUACCCCACGAAGUCUUAUGAGCCUGAGCCCUACCCUGCUAAGGACGACUACAAGAUCUGCAUCAAUCAAAGAAGAAUUACAUACAGUAUACAGCUGUGUGUCGUCAUCGACGAAAGGGUCGCACCACUUAUUCCUGAUGGCGUAGUCGUUAAAGGGGCAGUCGGCGGGAGCCUCGACAACAUCACCGGUUACGUCGCACUUCUCAUCGACGCGGAGGUUGAAGAGCUUAGGGCUCUUCGACUUGGGCUUCCAGGAGCUGUUACCACCCUUGGUCUUUCUGUCAGCAAGGACCCUCCUCAGGUUUACAUUGAUGGAAUCACCGGUGCUCCCAGGUACACCAAGAUUGGCUGGCUCCAAUCUAACGCCAUUGCCAUCAACUUCUACCACACCGGUAACAACCCUCUUGGUCUCGUUGACCCUAGCCCAUCCUACCUCAGCUGGCCUAGCACUCAGGGCUCCAGCUUCUUCGGUAGCCCCUGGGUUCUCUGCCCUCUCGGAACACCCAGCAGUACCAGGUCUUCAUCAACAGCGAGAACUUCGCCCGCUGGUAUUGUCAAGGACCCUGGCUCUUGCGUCUCCCGCAACCUUGCCGCUGUCAACGCCAAUCCCUGGAAGCAGGAGAGCCCUGCUCCCUCCUAUCCUCUUGCCCCUGGUGGCUACCCUGGCUACUCUGGCGUCUCCGCUGGGGAUUACUACUCGAGUUGUAUUUUAGGUCAAAUUGAAUGUGAGUGCGGUUCUAUAGACAGCCAAUCUGAGUUCUGCUGCGUUAGGCAGGUCCCUGUGCAUCUCACUACCUCACCUUCACCUUCACUUCGCGCCUGCCAGGAUAUUGUUUUCCAUCGCGUCACGUUCCAUUUGCGAGGCAACAGCGCGCGGCCCCGCGCCUUCCUGUGCUGCUUCACCUGGCCCACACCACGACCUGCGCCCUCAUGUACCCCUCCCACGCACCUUCCUCUCGCUACCUUCGAAUACAAAAAUCGUUUCGACAUGUUUGGAAUCGGACCUAUGCUACCGGUCAUAACGGCCGCAGAAAACGUCGAGCGCUCCGCAAAGAAGGUACGAAAGCGCAAGAAUAAGCACGGCCCAGGCGCAGGAAGCCACGAGCUCACCGUAAUGAGACGACCCUCAACAAUCAAGACAGAGAGUACUCUCAUCGAAAGCAGCGAUGAGUAUGCAGUCAAAGAACCUGGUAUUGCAGCACAUCAUCAGCGUGACCUGUCCCUCAUUGUCGACUUUGACUUCGAGCGUGCGGCAAGGCAGCUCAAGGAUGGAGCGAUCUCAGAUCUUGACCUUGCUCUUUUCGCAUUCUGGAUCAAGGCGAAGAAUGAGAACUACCUUCUGGCUAAGGAGCUGGUUCGAGAGUUAGCACUCGAUCAGGGAUACAACAUCGACAAAAUCACCAACCUGGGUGUGCGCAAACUGCUUCAGGAAGUACAUGAUGUUCGUCCAAGGUUUGUAGCCGAAAAUAGUCCUUCACCCAAAUUGGCUGCGACAGAUAGCUCACGUUACGACCGACAAAAGAGCCUUACAAAUGUUCUGACGCCGGUCACGACGCGUGGUAAAGUCUGGUUUGCGGCAAUUGGCGGAACUGCGAAGAUAAGGUCUAACAAAUUGAACCCCAGGGAUCCACGACAUGCCUCAACAUGGGAAAGUCCAUUCCACAACCAGACACGGACUUCAGAUAUGGGAACGAGCGGCAGUAGGCGAGCAGUUACUUCACCACUGACUGCUCGGAUCGAUACUCUUCCUCCUUCACUACGGCUCAAGCGAGAACUUGCUGUACAAGAGGCCUCUAGACCUACUAUGGCUUCAAGCGAUACUGCGGACUAUCCGCCGAACAGUGAGUAUGUUCGAACAAAGAACGAGAAGCAGGGACUGAUCCUCAUAGCACCGGACCGUCCAGCGCCACUCAGUGUGAAGUUGCGCGGCUCCCAAAUCAGCAACGCUACGCCUAUGCCUAACACCAUUCUGCGCUCAGUAUCCACGCCUAUUCGUAUCCAACUCAAGGGAGAUUUGGCACCGCUCCCUCAAGUGACCGCCAGUGUCAUGGCUAGAGACACCGAUACUCUGUCUCUUCUCUCUUCAUCUACCACUAAGAAUUUGCACAGAAGCACGGGCGACGUUUUUGGCGCUGUACAGGACAAGAACCAAGAUUGCAGCAACCCCUUCACUGACAGACUGAACAACAGCGAAGACAAACGCCACGGUACCAAUGAACGGUACAUGCAUAACGAUGCUGGUGCUCAUCAUCUUCUAGGCCCCUACCAGCUCGACGCUUCUGAUAUUGCAUCAGAGUCCAGCUACGGAACUUUCGGAAGCCUUGUGCGGAAGGGCAAGGGCCGGGCAAGCACAUGCGUAUCUUACAACGGCGGUAUCAUGGGGGAUGAUUCUUUUGAUGCCCUCGAGUCUUACAUCGGCACCGAAGGCGAGGACGACUGCUCACUACUCGAGUCAGCUUCAACCAUCAGUGAGCAGGAAGCACAGACGCAGUAUCAGUUCGCCGUUCAGGCUCCUCCUUCGCAACCUAUCAUCACCGGACCAGUGCCCACAUCUUCAGAACGCUGUGCCACUGCUCAGGCUCGUCGCAAGUCUCAAGUCCCCAACCCUGUCUCUCCAGCGAUCAACUUCCACCGACCACUACCCUUGCGAAGCUACGAAAGUGAAGCAACCAUGUUCCCUACCGUUGGUGCUCAGGCAAACUCAGGUCGCAACCGAGCGAAGUCCGUGACCAGCAUCAUCGCAAGCAAACGGCCCGCGAUGGAGACUAUGCCACUUCCACCUUUACCAAGGUCAAGCCAGGCAUACGACAGCCCUGGUCACAGAGGCCAGGAGAACUACAAGAGGGAUGACUCACAUACCAAGAUCUCAGAACAGGUGGACCAGUACGUGGCCUCAGUCUCACAGCGUUCCUCAAAUGCAUCGACACUGGCAGCAUUCCCAAUCCCACCGAUGGGCAACCCAGUGGGCGAGCUCCCCAUGCUCGUCUCUCGCGCUACCUCAUCACCUCAGGCUCUACACACCACACCAUCGCAGCACCCCGCAGCAGCAGCUUCGCUCGAGGGCACCUACCGUGCCAUUACCAAAGUGAACAUGAUCGCUGUGCUCCAGCGUACUCGAGCCCGAGGCGAGCAACUUCAGGUCAUUGAGUGGGACAAGCUUACCAGCUUUGAGCGAGCCUGGCGCGAGAUGAACGAGGUCUUGCUGGUGACUAUUUACGGAAAGAAAGACAUUCUCCUGGACGAUACUGAUGUGGCCUAUAUAGAUUGUGUGGCAAGGGAGCUUCGCAAUGACUCGACAGAUUUCGUGUUCAUGGAUUGGGUUCGUCGUAUCUUCGAGAACGGCAUCUAG